AUGACAGCAGACAAAGCAGAGAAGACCAACCUCCCCAAUCACGACCUUGAUGCGAAGACGGGCGAGACAUUGAGUCUCCAAGGCUCGAUACAGGUUGCUGAAGAAGGCGUCGACAACAGAGCACGAGGACGAAAGGUGUUAAGAAGAAUCGACCUUUGUCUUAUGCCAUUGCUCCUUGUGUCCUAUACCCUGCAAUUCCUCGACAAGCAAUCACUCAACUUUUCCUCCAUCAUGGGAAUAAUCGAUGACUUAGAUCUCGUUGGAUCAAGAUACAGCUGGUGUAGCAGUGCCUUUUACUUCGGUUACCUUGCUUUCAGCUACCCAGCUUCUUUUCUAAUGGUCCGCCUCCCACUCGGAAAAUAUCUGGCUGGCUCAAGUCUCGCCUGGGCCAUCGUGUUAUGCUGUCAUGCUGCAGUCCAGAGCUUCGAAGGCCUUCUUGUAGCACGUUUCUUCCUUGGUGUAGCAGAAGCUUCGAUCUCCCCAGGUUUUUCUUUGAUCACUGGAAUGUGGUAUACCCGCGAAGAACAGCCUUUCAGACAUGGAAUAUGGUUCUUGGGCAAUGCUAUUGCAACAAUGAUGGGUGGCCUACUAGCUUAUGGCAUUGCGCAGAUUGGAGGUCCUUUGGCUGCUUGGCGAUGGCUCUUCAUCAUCUUCGGUCUCAUUACUCUUGUUUGGGCUGUCGUCUUGGCUAUCUUUCUGCCAGAUACCCCCAGCACUGCGCGAUUCCUCGAUGAACAGCAGCGCAUCGACGCGGUCGAUCGAAUUCGAAGCAACCAAACUGGCAUGAAGAACAACAACUUUAAGUGGGAUCAGGUUCGCGAGGUCAUCACAGAUCCCAAUGUUCUCCUCUUGAUGCUCUUCCAGCUUACCUUUAGCAUUCCUAAUGGAGCACAUACAACUUUUAGUAGUCUUGUCAUGGCUGGCUUUGGCUUCAGCAGGCUUGAGGUUUAUCUCCUUAACAUGCCCAUGGGCGCCAUUCUUGCCUUUUUCGCACUCGGCUCAACCUACCUCUGCAGUCGUUAUGACGGCUAUAGAACUAUUAUCGGUGCAUGUCUCAGCUUGAUCAGUCUUACUGGUUCCCUCCUUGUUCGUUAUGGGCCCAACCAAGGAAGCCAACUGUUUGGCCUCUGGGUCUUUGUGGCUUUUGCAGCUGGCUUUCCCAUCGCACUAUCAAUGGUGGCUUCCAACGUUGCCGGCUUCACCAAAAAGAGUGUCGCGUCUGCUAUGAUGUUUAUGUCUUAUACAGCAGGCAACAUCAUUGGCCCUUUUCUCUUCUUUCCGUCCGAGGCGCCAGGAUACUCCAGCGGCUUCUUGGCAACAACAAUCUGCUUUGGUGUGUCGACACUGACGAUGCUUCUUCUGCGAUUCACCAUCAUCCGUGAGAAUAAGCGACGUGAUAAGCUGCAGCAGAAUAGUGUUGGUGUGCAUGAAGAGAGUGAUCACCUUGAGCUGUCAGACAUUACUGACAGGAAGAAUCUCAACUUCCGCUACGUCUAUUAA